GGCAGUCGUCUUGGACUCUGUCAUCACCGUCAUUCUCGUUACACCCAUUGGUAGGUCUUGACUUUUACCAUUCAUGUUGCAUGCACUGAUCAAGAAACUUGCAGCUCACGUCAAUCGCUUCUUUGUCGCGUCAUUCGCGAAGCGCUCGCCCUCUGUUUGUGUUGGCACCAUCUCGUCGCUGGCAAAGGACAUCGCCGCAGAGGACAAGGAAACGUGGCGCGAGUAUCAUGAUAUCAUGACGCAAAGAAAACGAGACCCAGAAAUGUUCAAAUUGAAAUACAAAGAACAUCUUGAUGUUGCCCGGCAGCUACUGGAAGCCGCAAUCAAGAAAUGCGAUGUUAUCUGCCCUAACCCUAAGGGUUGAAAGACUGCAGCCGAGUGUCACAAUGGUGGCAGUAUAUCAUCGAUUUUGUCGGCCCUAACCACCUUCCUCCCGGCAACUUUCUGGCUGCCUUUCCGAAGCUAGCCACUCGACUGAACAGUGACAAAUA